CAAAGUUCGCGAUCCACGGGCAAAUUUUGAGCAAUCCAUUCGCGUGUUGAAGCACGCCAAGGAAGUUCAGCCCGACGUGAUUUCCAAAACGUCGAUCAUGCUUGGCCUGGGGGAGACGGACGAACAGUUGCAUGCCACCCUGGAAAGAUUACGUGAAGCCGAUGUGGAUUGUUUGACCUUGGGACAGUAUAUGCAGCCAACAAAACGGCAUCUGAAGGUGGAAGAAUAUGUUGCUCCGGAGAAAUUUAAACACUGGGAGAAAGUUGGAAACAGCCUCGGAUUUCAUUACACAGCCAGUGGGCCUCUUGUGCGUUCUUCUUACAAAGCAGGUGAAUUUUUCUUGAAAAACUUAAUCCACAAGAGAAAGAAGAAGGACAUCUGAUGCCUCUUAAGACCGAGAAGAAGAAUCCCACUCUUGUGUUCUAGAUGGCAGCAUCACGGAUAAAUCCAAUAAAAACAACUCGGAAAGCUUUCGUUGCUUUAUAAAAAAAAAAAAGAAUACAAAAUAUUUUAUUUUGUUCCUGGACCCUGACAUGCUCUGAUAUUGUACAAAACAAAGAUAUCACUCAUUAUCCAAUAACUAGCAUCCAGAUACAUCAAGAAAAACAGAGGUAGAAUGAGACACAUACAUUAAGGAAUCAAAAGAUGCAUUUUCCCCCCUCUCUCAUCUAUAAUCAUGGUUUGUUCCAUUAUUAGCCCACAUCGCAUCGCUAAACGUCUUUUCAAUGACGCUCCUGGGACACGAGUGAUUCUCAGUCAUCAUCCUUGUUUGCAUAAAGCACAAUGAAAUCACUUUUCUCGUUGGCCUUAAAAUAGGAUUAGAAGCAUCUCUGUACCGUAAAUGAUAUUCUUAAUUAAAACUGUUGGAUUGGAAAUGAUAUUCGCGAUUAAACUGUUGGAUUGGA